UUUCUCUUUUCCCAUCCAAUUUUCCAGUACUCAGAUUUUCCAAUUUUCCUGUACCAUGAUUUUCCUCGAUUCUACUUCUUUAAAAUCGAAUUCAUUGCCAAUACUUUCUCUCUAACCCUAUUCAGAGUGUUUCGGUUUCGUGGGUUUAGCUUAAAUCAUCGGUCAAUGGAAGCUUUCCGGGUCUUUACAUGAACCAAGUUCUCGAAUUCGGAUUAUCUAUUAAUGGAAGCUUUGAGGGUCUGUUCAUAAAUCAAGGUAAUUCGCAGAGGAAAGAGAGGAUAUGUCACACUCCAACUUUGAAGAUGACGAUGAUGAUGAGGAGUACGAAGAGGAAGAUGGAGGGGGUAAUCGGCUUUUGGGAUUUAUGUUUGGGAACGUUGAUAACUCUGGUGAUCUCGACGUUGAUUACCUUGAUGAGGAUGCAAAGGAGCAUCUUUCUGCAUUGGCUGAGAAGCUGGGUCCAUCUCUUACUGAUAUGGAUUUGUUGGUAAAAUCACCACAUACUCCAGCUGAUGCUGCUGACCAAGAUUAUGAUGAGAAGGCAGAAGAUGCAGUUGAUUAUGAAGAUAUUGAUGAGCAGUAUGAGGGGCCAGAGAUUCAAGCCUCUGGUGAAGAGGACCAUUUACUGCCAAAGAAGGAAUAUUUUUCGGCUAAUGUUUCUCUGGCUAUUUUGGAGCCUAAGGCUUCUGUUUUUGAUGAUGAGAAUUAUGAUGAGGAUGAGCAAGAAGAAAAGGAACAAGAGGUUUUAGAUGCAGAAAAUCAAAUUCAAACUACCUUUUCAGGCAAGCAGGUUGAUUGUGUUGUUGCAACCUCAGAAGCGGAAAAAUAUCCUGAGGAUGACAUAAGAUAUGGCUCGUCAGAUACUGAGAAUCUGGCAGCUGCUAUGGAAGAAUUUCAGGAAGUAACUGAUCUUUUGGAAGAGCAAAUGGAUGGUAAAGGUUCUACUCCUCUGCCUGUUUUAUGUGUAGAAGAUGGGAUGGUGAUCUUAAGGUUUUCAGAAAUCUUUGGCAUUCAUGAGCCCAUGAAGAAAAGGGAGAAAAGAGAUCGUGGGUAUUUUGCUCAUAGAGAGAAGUACAAAUAUAUGGAUGCUUCUGAUCUUGUUGAAGAGGAUGAAGAGGCCUUUCUGAAAGGUUCUGGUCAAGAUGUUUCAUUUAUCAGACAGGAACUUGCAAUUCAACAGGAUAGCUUUGAAACAAUUGAUGACCAUACUGUGCAAAUAAAUCCAGUGGUGUCUGCACAACAUGAAGAACAAAGAAAGGACAUUUAUUCUAGUCCAGAACCAAUGAAAGAGGGAGCGUCAAUAAAUUUUUCUGCAGGAUGGUUGUCACCCUUGCAUCAGAAACUUUUCCCCCUUGACCAGCAGGACUGGGAAGAACGAAUUCUCUGGGACAAUUCUCCUGAAAGGAGUGAUAAUCAUUUGGGGAGUCCUGAAAGCUCUGUCUCUGACAUGGAAGCUUCAGUUUUAAAAGAAAAAGAUCUAGAGUCCCGGUUACAAAAUCCACUUGCUGGGCAGUCAAUGAAACCUGAUGAGAGGGAUCAUGGUUUUUCUCUUCAUAGCUCUCCAGUUUUAUUGGAAUCUUUUGACUCAAGAGAUUCUUCAGGAUCAAUGGCCCUUCCAUUCUCAAAAAGCAAAUUUCAUCCCCAACUCUUGAGGUUGGAAUCUCAGUUGGAAGUGGAUGUGUCAAGUAAUGUAGAUGGUAAUAGAGAGAGCGCUGCUGUGGAGCCUCAUAAAAGUGAUGUUGUGAGGCGUUUUAACAAACUUACUUUGCAAAACAGAGCUAUGAUAGAAGGGUCAUGGUUAGACAAUAUAAUUUGGGAACCACAUAGUGUUAUUGCAAAGCCUAAGCUAAUUCUUGAUCUUCAGGACGAGCAGAUGCUUUUUGAAAUUUUGGAUAACAAGGAUAAUAAGCAUCUUGAUCUCCAUGCAGGGGCCAUGAUUAUUACUCGAUCUACAAAGCCGAGCACUGUUGGUCCUUCUGAGCUUCCAGGUCAAAAAUAUCAAUCUGGUUGGCAAUUUAAUAUUGCUAAUGACAAAUUUUAUAAGAACCGUAAAAUUUCUCAACAAUUGCAACCAAAUUCCAACAAACGUGUAGCUCAUGGUAUUAGAGUUCAUCAUUCAGCUCCUGCACUUAAGCUGCAGACAAUGAAACUGAAGUUGAGCAAUAAAGAUAUUGCCAAUUUUCACCGUCCAAAAGCUCUGUGGUAUCCACAUGACAUUGAGGUGGCUGUCAAAGAACAAGGAAAGCUGCCUACGCAAGGACCCAUGAAAGUUAUAUUGAAGAGCUUGGGAGGGAAAGGAAGUAAACUAAAUGUGGAUGCUGAGGAAACUGUCUCCUCUGUAAAAGUGAAGGCUUCUAAAAAGCUAGAUUUCAAGCCGACAGAACCAGUAAAAAUAGUUUAUUUAGGGAAGGAGCUUGAAGAUGAUAAGUCUCUUGCUGCCCAGAAUGUUCAACCAAAUUCCUUACUUCAUCUUGUCCGUGCAAGAAUACAUCCAUUGCCAAGAGCACAAAAGCUUCCAGGUGAAAAUAAGGCUUUACGGCCUCCUGGGGCAUUUAAAAAGAAAUCUGAUCUUUCUGUGAAAGAUGGUCAUGUCUUUCUAAUGGAGUACUGUGAAGAGAGACCUUUACUUUUGAGCAAUGCUGGAAUGGGUGCUAACUUGUGCACUUAUUAUCAAAAGAUGGGUCCAGGUGAUCAAAGUGGUGGGUUGUUAAACACUGGGAAUAGCAGCUUGGGGAAUGUUCUGACUCUGGAGUCAUCUGAUAAAUCCCCUUUUCUUGGAGAAAUUAAAGCUGGUUGCAGCCAGUCAUCUCUUGAGACAAACAUGUAUAAGGCACCUAUAUUUCAGCAUAAGGUCCCAGCAACUGACUUUCUGUUGAUUCGAUCUGCAAAGGGAAAGCUUUCUAUAAGACGUAUUGACAAGAUUGCUGUUGUUGGACAACAGGAGCCACUGAUGGAAGUGAUUUCCCCUGGAUCAAAGAAUCUUCAGAAUUAUAUCAUGAACAGAAUGUUGGUUUAUGUGUACCGUGAGUUUUCAGCAGCACAGAAACGUGGCUUACCUCCCAACAUUAGUGCAGAGGAUUUGUCAGCAUGUUUUCCUAACCUUUCGGAAGCAAUUAUUCGAAAGAAGAUGAAGGAUUGUGCCUUUUUGCGGAGAGAUAAUAGUGGACAGACUUGGUCAAUGAGACGUGAUUUCCAAAUUCCUUCUGAAGGUGUUCUGCGAAAGUUGGUGUCUCCAGAACAUGUUUGUGCCUAUGAAAGUAUGCAAGCUGCUAUGUACCGGCUCAAACAUUUAGGAAUUACAAGAUUGACACAUCCUACGAGUGUUUCAUCUGCAAUGAGUCAGCUCCCUGAUGAAGCUAUAGCAUUGGCUGCUGCAUCGCACAUUGAGAGGGAACUGCAGAUAACUCCAUGGAACCUCAGUAGCAAUUUUGUAGCGUGUACAAAUCUGGACAAAGAAAAUAUUGAGCGCCUGGAAAUAACUGGUGUUGGUGAUCCAUCAGGUCGGGGCUUAGGAUUUAGCUAUGUCCGCGCUGCUCCUAAAGCACCAUUGUCAAGCACAAUCACAAAGAAAAAAACAGCAGCUGCUCGUGGGGGUUCUACUGUCACUGGGACAGAUGCUGAUCUUCGUAGACUGAGCAUGGAGGCUGCACGCGAGGUUCUUCUGAAGUUCAAUGUCCCUGAUGAUGUGAUAGCAAAACAAACUAGAUGGCAUCGCAUUGCCAUGAUACGGAAGCUCUCAAGUGAGCAAGCUGCAUCAGGUAUCAAAGUUGAUCCAACAACUAUCAGCAAGUAUGCACGUGGACAGCGAAUGUCUUUUAUGCAGUUGCAGCAACAAACCAGGGAGAAGUGUCAGGAGAUAUGGGAUCGACAAGUUCAAUCUCUCUCAGCUGUUGAUGAAGAAAAUGAAAGUGAUUCUGAAGCAAAUAGUGAUCUGGAUUCCUUUGCUGGAGACCUAGAAAAUUUGCUUGAUGCAGAGGAAUUUGGAGAUGGGGAAGAGGGUAACAAUGAAUCCAAGUAUGACACAGCAGAUGGUGUUAAGGGGCUUAAAAUGAGGAGGCGGCCAUCAAGAGCUCAGGCAGAAGAGGAAAUUGAAGAUGAAGCUGCUGAAGCUGCUGAAUUAUGUCGUUUGCUCAUGGAUGAUGAUGAGGCUGAGCAAAAGAAGAAGAAGAAAAAUAAAGCAAUUACAGGGGAUGCUGGAUUUGCCCUUGGCUCUCAAUCAAGUACUGGUGCUGAGAUGUUGAGACGGGUUAAGAAAGCAAAUCCAACACCCAAGCAAGGCAUCAGUGCUUCUCAGCCUAACGGGUCCUAUGUUAUGAAGGAAAGCAGUAUUAGAGAUUUGGCUGGUGUGGAAAGUGCGAUAUUGAAAAGGAGCUCAACUGGAAAGAGUAAAGGAAUGAAAAAGAAUGGUACACCAAGCACUGUUCAACCAACAAAAGUGAAAAUAUUGGGAGAUAAUCCAAAGGUCCAGAUAAAGGAGAAGAAAUCUUCAAGGGAGAGUUUUGUCUGUGGUGCUUGUGGUCAGCUUGGACACAUGAGGACCAACAAAAACUGCCCCAAGUAUGGAGAAGAUCCAGAAUCACAUGUUGAAGCUACAGAGGAAAAGGCUUCUGGAAAAUCCAAUCCAUUGGAUCCUUCUGGUCAGUCCCAGCUGAAAACUAUGAAAAAGAAGCUCAUAGCUAAAAGUGCAACAAAGAUUUCUGUGGUAGAAGCUCCUGAGGGUGAAAAGUCUGAUUCAAAUAUAAAAGUACACCAACUGAAGUUCAAAUGUUCUAAUGAUAAACCCUCUGAUAAACUUUCUUUUGGAGUCACACAGAGUUCUGACCAGCCUGUCACCUCUGAUUUUGAAACUGGGAGUAAGUCCAUCUCCAAGGUUAGUAGAAUAAAAAUUUCCAAUAGGAUGAAGCCUGAUGAAAUGCAGGUUGAGUCUAGUAAGCGCUCUAUUAUUAUGCGGCCUCCAAUGGAUAUUGAUAGAGGCCAAGCUGAAUCCAGUAAGGCUUCUGUUAUUAUACGGCCACCGGCAAGUAUUGAGAGGGACCAAUUUGAACCUCAUAGGCACUCCAUUGUGAUACGUCCACCAACCGAUAAAGAUAGAGAAAGGUCUCAGAAGAAAAUUAUAAUCAAGCGUCCAAAAGAAAUUGUUGAUUUGGAUACGUUUAGUCAUGAUGGAACCCCUCAUCCUGAGUACAGAAAAACUAAGAAAAUAGUUGAAUUGUCAAGUUUUCAAACACAUGGGAAGCAUGAUAGUUUGCGACUGAAUGAGGAGUCAGUAAAGCGGCAAGCGAGAGAGGAGAGACGAUGGUGGGAGGAGGAAGAGAAAAGGAGAAAUGCAGAGAGAGUAAGAGAAGAAAGGGCGAGGAGGAUCUUUGAGGAAGAAAGGAGAAUGCAAGAAGAAGAGCAAGAAAGAUUUGCAGAGAUCAAAAGAUACGAAGAAUCUAUUCGAAGGGAGAGGGAGGAAGAGGAGCGCCAAAGGGCAAAGAAAAAGAAAAAGAAGAAGAAAAAGGUGGAAAUAAAAGAUGACUAUGCUGAGGACUACAUGUCAAGAAGAAAUGACAGGAGGAUGCCAGAAAGAGAUCGAAUUGCAAAACGACAGUAUGGUGCUGAUUAUGGGCCUCCAACAAAGCGACGCAGAGGUGGAGAGGGAUCCUUAACAGCAUUUUUGUCUGGAAGACCAAUUAGCUAGAGAAAAGGGUAUACUCCUUUUGCUUUAGAAAAAAACAAUUUUUUGGUGGGUCUCAAGGGUUUGGAAUGAAAUUGUAAUGUGUACUUGGAAGAGGAUAGUGAACACUGUAGUUUCAUCCCUCUUUCCUUUUGUAUAUCUGAACCAUCAUCCUGUCUAAUAGUGUUUUGUAUGUUCAGAAGAUUUUUGUGCUUCUAACUACCAAAAAAAUGUCUUUCUGUGGGAACAAGCAGCUCUUAGUCUAUUGUGCCUUAAUCUUGGACCAAGUUCUUGGGUCACCUUGUUCGAGAAGUUAGACCUAGUCCUCACUGCAAACGAGUUCUGACCAGAUGAAAAGCUGCUUGUUUGUAAUAAAGAUUCUUAACUGGA